AUGGCAGCGGCAGGAUCAGCAUUGACGUCGGUUAACGAGGCCGACGAUAACACGUUGUUCUACGAUGAUCCCGAUCUCGCCGUCGAAGAUUAUAUUCCCAAGGACCGCCACGACUUGGAGCUGAUGAGGGAGCGCCUCUCGAAGCUGCUGUUAGGGGACGACCCCUCGGGAGGCGCCAAGGGCUGCGGACCCGCCCUAGCCAUGGCUAACGCCAUCACCAGCGUCUCAGCGUCUGUGUUUGGAGACAGUUUACGGCUGCGGCCACUGAGGGAGGAGGACAAGGACAAGUGGAGGCGGGAGAUGGGCAUCAUGGUGUCAGUGUGUCGACACAUUGUGGAGCUGGCACCUGGGUGGCAGACACGGCCUGAUGGCACCCGGUUUGAGGUGAUGAAGCGGAGAGUGAGGGAGGACCUGCGAAUCAACCUCCCAGCACUCAACAAGCUAGACCACCUGCUGCAGAGCAUACUAGAUCAGAGCACAUCAAAUGAGUAUUACUAUGAAGACGAGGUGGUGGGAGGGCAAGAGCCGAGGGAAGAAGAGGAAGAGGAGGAAGAGGAGGAGGAGGAGGAGGAGGAGGAGGAGGAGGAUGACGUGGAUGAUGAUGGUGAUGACGUGGAUGGGGAUAUUGUGGAUCGUGAUUUUGAUCUGCAUGCUGACGUGGCAGGAGAAUCGGAAGAGGGAGGGAUAAGGUCGGAAGGAGGGGCAGGUUCGGAAAGGGGAGGAAUAGGGUCGGAAGAUGGAGGGGUAGGGUCGGAAAAGGGAUCAGCAGCAGCAGGAGAAGGUGGGAGCGAAACCAUAAGGGGGAUGGAAUCCAAAGAAGCUAUUUCUCAUAGAGCAGGGGGAAGAAGCAGUAGAGGAGAUAGUGGAGCGAGCGGUGGGAGUGGGUUGAGUGGGAUGCGUGGUGGUAGUGCAAGCAGCAACGGAGGAGCAGGUGGGGCAGUGGCAGGGGCGGGAGCAGGAGCAGGAGCGGCAGCAGCAGGAGGAGCAGGAGGAGGGGGGGUGCCGUGGCGGUGGAAAGUGAAGCCGCGAAUGAGAGUGGGGUUAUCAGAGGACCUGAGAAGGUGGCUGGAGCAGCAGUCGGAGAAGACGAGUCAGAUCAUGAAAGCGUGCAUGUUCAUCAACCAGCAAGUGCUUCAAGACAUGGAUGUUCCAGACGCGUUUCUGCAACGGCUGCCCAAGAGCUUGAAGGCAAUACUGGGGGACAGAGUGUACAAUCUGCUGCUCUCCACGCCUUAUAACGAGGAUAAAGUGCUCAGCGCAGUGGAUUUGAGCAAUCAAAGGGCGGCUUUAAAGCUGGCAUGCAAGAUGGAAGCAGCGCAGCAGAUUUGGAUCAGGCAGCUUCAGGCAGCCAGGGAGCCGUAUCUCACGCACACGCUGGGCGGCAGUUAUUUGUCCACUAGCAGCCGCGAGAUCAUGCGCCUGGAGGAGAAUCUGGAGCGGGUGGCAUCGUGCCUCGCUGCCAUCCGCCGCAUGUGGCCCGACCUGCCGCAAACCACUCUGGACCUUGCCAAGAUCGCAUUCAACCGGGACAUUGGGAAAGCCGUUUUGGAAAGCUACUCCAGGAAAAAGGUGGGGAAGGUGGGCGUGGGGAAGGUGGGCGUGGGGAAGGUGGGCGUGGGGAAGGUGGGCGUGGGGAAGGUGGGCGUGGGGAAGGUGGGCGUGGGGAAGGUGGGCGUGGGGAAGGUGGGCGUGGGGAAGGUGGGCGUGGGGAAGGUGGGCGUGGGGAAGGUGGGCGUGGGGAAGGUGGGCGUGGGGAAGGUGGGCGUGGGGAAGGUGGGCGUGGGGAAGGUGGGCGUGGGGAAGGUGGGCGUGGGGAAGGUGGGCGUGGGGAAGGUGGGCGUGGGGAAGGUGGGCGUGGGGAAGGUGGGCGUGGGGAAGGUGGGCGUGGGGAAGGUGGGCGUGGGGAAGGUGGGCGUGGGGAAGGUGGGCGUGGGGAAGGUGGGCGUGGGGAAGGUGGGCGUGGGGAAGGUGGGCGUGGGGAAGGUGGGCGUGGGGAAGGUGGGCGUGGGGAAGGUGGGCGUGGGGAAGGUGGGCGUGGGGAAGGUGGGCGUGGGGAAGGUGGGCGUGGGGAAGGUGGGCGUGGGGAAGGUGGGCGUGGGGAAGGUGGGCGUGGGGAAGGUGGGCGUGGGGAAGGUGGGCGUGGGGAAGGUGGGCGUGGGGAAGGUGGGCGUGGGGAAGGUGGGCGUGGGGAAGGUGGGCGUGGGGAAGGUGGGCGUGGGGAAGGUGGGCGUGGGGAAGGUGGGCGUGGGGAAGGUGGGCGUGGGGAAGGUGGGCGUGGGGAAGGUGGGCGUGGGGAAGGUGGGCGUGGGGAAGGUGGGCGUGGGGAAGGUGGGCGUGGGGAAGGUGGGCGUGGGGAAGGUGGGCGUGGGGAAGGUGGGCGUGGGGAAGGUGGGCGUGGGGAAGGUGGGCGUGGGGAAGGUGGGCGUGGGGAAGGUGGGCGUGGGGAAGGUGGGCGUGGGGAAGGUGGGCGUGGGGAAGGUGGGCGUGGGGAAGGUGGGCGUGGGGAAGGUGGGCGUGGGGAAGGUGGGCGUGGGGAAGGUGGGCGUGGGGAAGGUGGGCGUGGGGAAGGUGGGCGUGGGGAAGGUGGGCGUGGGGAAGGUGGGCGUGGGGAAGGUGGGCGUGGGGAAGGUGGGCGUGGGGAAGGUGGGCGUGGGGAAGGUGGGCGUGGGGAAGGUGGGCGUGGGGAAGGUGGGCGUGGGGAAGGUGGGCGUGGGGAAGGUGGGCGUGGGGAAGGUGGGCGUGGGGAAGGUGGGCGUGGGGAAGGUGGGCGUGGGGAAGGUGGGCGUGGGGAAGGUGGGCGUGGGGAAGGUGGGCGUGGGGAAGGUGGGCGUGGGGAAGGUGGGCGUGGGGAAGGUGGGCGUGGGGAAGGUGGGCGUGGGGAAGGUGGGCGUGGGGAAGGUGGGCGUGGGGAAGGUGGGCGUGGGGAAGGUGGGCGUGGUGAAGGUGAGUGUGGGGAAUACAAAUAGCUGA